UAUCAGCCUUCGGAAACCGAAAAACAAGGCACUCGACGGAAGUUUUCUUGCCUGAUUAUAACACGUUUACCUAUAUUCUGUAUAUCAUUACGAAGAUUUCAAACUUAAAUAUUUUGAACUAUUGUCAACAAAGCCGACAACUAAUGCUACAAAUUGUUUGACUGUCAGAAUCCCGGUAGCGCGUGGCAGGUUAUAGUUAACCUGCACUGGCUGUCGUAGCCGCCUAGCAAUAGCAUAGCUUUGGAAGAGAUAAAGACAUAGUGAACACGACAAAAAGAAAAGUUGACACAGCCAGGGGCAGUCCACAGUCUCUCUGUGGCUCAUCUCCGAAUAGCGCUGGACCGCUGAUGUAAUGCCUUGAAUAAGGAGAAGGAUACUCUUCGACCUGCACUCUUCGGUUUGCCGUGAGAACACCAAUUCACCUGCUCAUGGCGUGUGCAAAAGUGCCACUGGACGAGCAGCAUGUCACCGACAUCAUAGGGCCUAAUGGCCGAGAACGCACCCUUCCGGCCCUGCACCCAGACCGUAAGGAGGAGCGUUGUUUUCUUCUGUACAAACCCCCUCCCGAGAAGAAUUUGUCUGCACAGACCGAAGAGUUCUUGGAGCAAGCUCAGUUUAUAUCUGAAGAUUUGGAUUGGUUGCUGUCACUGCCUCAUGAUAAAUUCUGGUGCCAGGUAGUGUUUGAUGAGUCUGUGCAGAGAUGUCUGGAUUCAUACCUGAGCUACGCUCCUCGCUCUCUGGAUGUGACUCUGUCUCUCUCGUCUCCUGCCGUGGCCGACAUGCAACGCUGCAUCCACCGGUCUGUGUUCAUGGUCUUCCUGAGGAUGGCUACCCACAAGGAGUCCAAGGAGAACUUCAUCACCCCGGAAGUAUUUGGAGAGAUAAUUUACAACAACUUCCUGUUUGACAUUCCUAAGAUCCUGGACCUCUGUGUGCUCUUUGGCAAAGGCAAUGCACAGCUUCUGCACAAGAUGAUCGUAGAUAGUGACCUUGUGGACCUGAUGGUGUACAUGUGUGACACGUGUACCACUCUUCACUCCUUCUUGGACAUUUUCCCCGCAGCCUGCCAAACAUUCCACUCCCACGGGUUUCUCAGCAGACUAACUUCAUUUUAUGAGAUGGCAGUUCCUGAAUUGGAGAAAGCAGUGAGAAAGAGGAAUUUCGAUAGAAGUGUUCAGGAGGACCUGUGGAGUAGGCUUUGCCAUUCGCGUAAGAAGUUGGUGGAGAUAGCCCAUCUGCUUAUUCAACACACCUGCCUGCAGCCUAUUCUAGAGGGCACUGAGAACACACUGUCUUAUGUGGAAGAUCUACUGCAGAAUUUCACCAACUUCAUUCAGGAGAAAAGAUUCCUGGCUGACUAUGACGAGCAGUUUCCGUUGGAAGAUGACAUCAGUCUCCUGCAGCAGGUGUCUCCUCACCUUGAUGAGACCCGGACCUCGUACCUCCUUCAGGCAGUGGAAAGUGCCUGGGACAGUGUGGGCAAGAAGAGGGGCGGCAGACCGCGGAUGCUAGCUGCUGGCGCUGGGGUUGGCGCUGGGUCUGACUGGGAUGGCAGAGGGGCUGCAGCUGCAGGUCUCCAAGGAGCUACAGCUGCAGCUGCCGCGGUGGAGGACUUCCCUCAGAAGGGAGAUAACGGGGCAGUAUGCACUGUGAGUGCUGGGGAGCUGGAGUCGCUGUUGACCCACAUCAGGGAGUUGCUGCCUGACCUGGGGGAGGGCUUCAUCCUAGCCUGCCUGGAGGAGUACGGCUACAACACUGAGCUGGUCAUCAACAACAUCCUGGAGGACCGACUGGCUCCAGCCUUAGACAAGUUAGACCGGGCAAUGCCUAGGCCAGUGAAAGAGGAGCUCCCAGAGGUCCUUGACAGUAGGUCCAAUGUGUUUGAUGACGACGACUUUGACGUGUUCCACAGGGAUCAGGUGGACCUGUCCCGCAUCUGGAAAGGCAAAAAGAAAGGGGAAAGCCUCCAGGCCCUGCUGGAUGACAAGCAGCACAUCGCGGAGCAGAAGGCACGGUACCUGGCCUAUGAAACCGUGGUGGACGAGGUACUGGUGGGUCCCGGUGAGCCUGGCGCCACUGGCUCAGGCUUCCUAUUGGACAACUAUGAUGACGAAUAUGACGACACAUAUGACAACAGCCAGGUGGGAGCCAACGACCUGGAUGAUGACGAUGAUCUAUUAAACCGAAGACCAUUUACCACCCCACUGGUCCUUCAAAUGCACAAGAAGGCCCAGGGCAGAGAAGAGGAGGAAGAGGAUGAAGAUGUAGAGAACAAGGAUGACGGUGUGAAGAGAGACCUGUUUGUCCAGGACCCUGCUGUACUGAGGGAGAGGGCUGAGGCCAGAAGGGCUGCUAUGCAACACAGGAGAGGAUACAGACCCCCUCCUCCCCGCCAAGUGGAAGGGAAACCCAAAGGCCAGGGCCAGACCCAGGAGACGGUGCUGGACCGGCGGAGGAAGGAGGCCAACAAGAGCCGAGGUGCCAACCACAACCGCAGAAACAUGGCUGACCGCAAGCGGAACAAGGGCAUGAUCCCAUCCUGAGGCUGCUGAACCCAAUCGGGGGGUCUCUGGACGUCACAUCGGUGGCAGAGGUGCCACUCAACAACGGUCCGUCUGAGGGAUGAGGACGACGAUGUACGAGGAUGGACGACUCUCAUCAAAGCACAGCACAGGGGGAAAUGAACUCCAAAAGGGCCCCAAGUCAAGGUUUACCUGACUACUCACAGUUCUCAGCAGUAGAGACUCGCUUAAUUUCUGCCUGGGGUGUUCUUUUUGACAAAAAAUGAAAUUGCGCACAAAAGGGUUUGUUUAAAAUACUUUUGAUUAGUUCAGCCACAUAAACCUUUUUUGUUUGUUUUAUUUUUUACAGGAAGCAACUGUAUUACACCUACCCCCAAAAAUACAGUAAAUUCCCCCCUUAUUCUAA